AUGCCUCCGUUACCAGUAAAUGUUACAACACUUCCAACAGUUUUCAUAAAUGCUAUACUUGAAAACGAGCAAAAAAUAAACAAUGAUCCAAAUUCUUUAAUAACAAAAAACAAUGAUCAAGAUCAAGAUCUGCUGAAUUCGUAUAAUGCUGAUCGAGAAAAAAUAUUUGCGUGUAUACAACGAAUUGAAGAUAAAAUAAAAAGUUUGAAGAAAGAUGUUUUAAAGACAAUUCUUAUUCGUAAAGACAAAUUUGCAAAGUUAUAUAAUAAUUCUAUAACUUUUAGAGAUAGAAUUGAUAAUCUAUUUUUAGAAGUUGAUGAAGUUCAUAAAAAAAUUCAUUCAUCUGAGAAUGGCUUGAAACCAAAGUUAUUGAUGGCACUUCAUCAACUUCACACAAUAACUCAAGAACUUCAAAAUACUGCAUCACUAGUGGAUGUGUUAAAUUAUUUAAACGAGAUACAAAUAUUAAUGAACAAAGUUCAAGAAUAUAUGAAACAAGGUAGGAUUGAAGAGGCAGCUGGUAGCAUCAAUGAGAUGGAUAGAUUAUUAGAAUCUCCGCCAAUAAAAACAGAAAGACAAGUUUAUAUUUUUGAUAAAUUAAAGGCGCAGUCAUCUAUUAUGAAGGAGACGUUGGAUCAAAAUCUUGAUGAUUUUUUAAAUCAUGCAAUUUCUUUUAAAAAAUAUGAGGAUAAAGAAGAGAUUGUUCUCACAGUUUUAUCUUCCAUAGAAAAUGAAAAUUUUACUAUUCUUUUGACAUCCAUAUUUGUUUCAUUAACUGAGAUUGAUUCGAUCAACAUGCAACUAUCAAGAUUAAAAAAAAAUGUCAUGAAAUAUCUGAUUAGCCCUUUAAUGAAAAAUAAAGAUUCUUGGAAAGUGUCAACAAAAAUUGAAGAUGAUGAUACAACCGCCAAAUUAAUAAUUGGUCCUAAUGUCGAUAAUUUUGAUUAUGAUAAGGACUCUUCUAAUAAUAAUGAUGAUGGUAGUGGUGAUGACGAAGAUAAAAUCUUUAUACUUUUAAUUAGCAUAUUUAAAUUCAUCUAUACAUUUAUAUUUGGUGGAUUGGAUCCAAUGUCAAAACGAACCACCAUAUUACCUGUUGCAAAUGGAUACGCAUCAACAUUUGGAAAAUUUAUUUCACAUGAUUUACGUGACGUUGUUAUCAAUGAAUAUCUUUCUAAUGUCAUACCAACCGAAACAUCCGAAUUUAAAAGAUUUGAAAAAGUGGCCAGCUCAGUAAAAGAAUUUCAGAAUGAAAUGCGUAAAAUGGGAUUCAUGCGUCAACUUCAUAGUAAUUCAGAUGAGGAGGAUGAGGAUGAGAGAACACUAGGUGCUUAUGUUGCUAAAGUUGACAUACAUUUUACUGUUAAAAAACGUGACAAGAUGUUAGAAUCUGGACGGGAGAUAAUUUUAGAUGGCGAUUUUGAUAGUAUAAUUGUCGAUAAUGAAGGAGAAAAGGCAUUAGGAUUAGAAGAUAAAGAAGAUAAAGAAGAUAUAGUUGAUAAAAACGAAAUUUUAGACAAAAAACAAACCCCAGCUGAUAAUCAACAAAAACAAAAGCAAGACGAAAUAAUUUUUAAUGAUGAACCGACUGAAGGAUGGGAUGUUGAUUGGAAUGAGACUUGGAAUGAAGAUGAUGCUAAUGGUGUUAAUAGUGAUAACUUAGUAAAGGAGCCAGAAAAAAUAAUUGAUCGAUAUUCCAUAACAAAAAAAUCUAAAUUAUUAAUUGAUCUUACUAUAAGCACUUUGAAAGAAGCACAAAAAUUGAAUUCAAAAAGUGGAGUUCGACUCUUUCAAGCUACACUUGAUUUAUUUGAUUUGUAUUGUGCUAUUAUGCCUAUAUAUUAUCAUGAUAAACUUAGUGAGGUGCCUGCAUUAACUAUGUUAUUUCGCAAUGAUUGUAUAUGGUUAGCUGAUCAAUUGUUGGAUAUUCAAGAACAAUAUAACAAUAAUGAAAAACAGUUUAUUCUGGAUCCAUUAAAUACUUUUAAUGCAACAAAAACUAAUAUUUUUUAUAAUAAUAUGGUAAAUAAACUGUGUGGGUUGGGUAAAGAAUGGUAUGAUCUUCAGUUGGAUAAGCAAAAAUCAGGUUUAAAAGAGAUCUUAGAUGAAAUGGGCGGAUUUGCACAAAGUGCAACUGAUGAAAAAUUUGAAGCUUGUCAAAGAGGAAUGAAUCAAGUUGUUCAUACUAUAAAUCAUUUAUCAAAAAUCUUGGAUGGUGUGUUACGUCCAAUAGAGCUUUAUAGUGUUUUAGGAGAAUUGAUAGAUUAUGUAUUAAUGCAAGUUAUUGAUAAUAUAGAAGAUUUAUAUGACAUUUCAGCUGAAGAAUCUGAACAAUUAAAUAAGAUAUGUGUAAUGUUGUAUCAAUUAGAAAAAUUAUUUAAAUCAACCGAGCCAUAUAAAAUAACAAACCAUGUAGAAAAUUGGAUAAAAUUUAAACAUAUAACAGACAUCUUAACAAUCUCAUUAGCAGAAAUUAUGAAAAGAUUCCAUAGUGGACAUUUGAGAAGUUUCAGCAUUGAUGAAUUAGAAGGACUUGUAUGUGCAUUAUUCGCUGAUAGUACUUUAAGAGAAAAUAGUUUAUCAGAGAUUAGGGAAGGUCAUCCUAUUUAA